AUGCCGUUUGGGCUUAAGAAUGCAGGAGCAACUUAUCAGAGAUUGAUGGACAGAGUCUUUGAAAAACAAGUAGGGGGUAACAUGGAAAUUUAUGUGGAUGAUAUGGUGGUCAAAUCAGAAGAAAUGGGCGGUCAUUGUAUGGACUUGGCUGAAGCUUUUGGAGAAAUCAGGAAGCAUAACAUGCGUUUGAAUCCAGAAAAAUGUUCUUUUGGGAUUCAAAGUGGAAAAUUCUUGGGCUUUAUGAUUACUCGAAGAGGCAUUGAAGUUAACCCAGACAAAUGCAAAGCGAUUUUGGAAAUGCAAAGCCCGACAUCAGUAAAGGAGGUGCAGAAGCUUACAGGAAGGAUUGCAGCUUUGUCACGGUUUUUACCAUGCUCGGGAAGCAAGGCGGCCCCAUUCUUUCAAUGCUUGAGGAAGAACAAAGUUUUCCAAUGGACAGAUAAAUGCGAACAGGCGUUCCAAAAGUUAAAGGAGCACCUAGCUAAGCCUCCCAUAUUGUCAAAGUCGAUUCCAGGUAUUCCAUUAUCAAUUUUCAUUUCCAUAUCAGAUAAUGCUGUGAGUUCUGUCUUGUUGCAAGAGUGCAAGGAUGAAUUGAAAAUCAUAUAUUUUGUGAGUCAUGCUUUACAAGGAGCCGAAGCGAGGUAUCAAAAAAUAGAAAAGGCUGCGUUAGCUUUGGUUAUCACCGCCCGAAAAUUGAGACUUUAUUUUCAAGGUUUUCAAAUAAAAGUCAAAACUGACUUCCCACUCCGCCAAGUAUUGCAAAAGCCUGACUUGGCAGGGCGAAUGGUUUCAUGGGCUGUAGAAUUGUCUAAGUUUGGUAUUGUAUUUGAGAAGAAAGGACAGGUAAAGGCCCAGGGUUUGAUAGAUUUUGUGAAUGAAAUGUCUCCAGAAGAUCGAAUAUCAGAAGAGGUGGAGUGGGUUUUGUCUGUUGAUGGUUCAUCAAAUUUGAAAGGAAGUGGAGCUGGUGUAGUUUUGGAGGGACCAGGCGGAGUAAUUAUUGAACAAUCUCUCAAGUUUGACUUUAAGGCGAGCAACAAUCAAGCGGAAUAUGAAGCAAUAAUAGCAGGGGUGAGGCUUGCCAUGGAGAUGAAUGUACGCUGUAUUGUAAUAAAAACUGAUUCCCAGCUUGUAGCAAAUCAGAUAAAGGGAGAUUAUCAGGCGAAGGAUGUUCAGUUGGCUAAGUAUUUGGUAAAGGUUCAAGAAUUGUUGAAGCAGAUGGACAAGUUUCAGGUAAAUCAUGUUCCAAGAGAGGAAAAUACAAGGGCUGACAUAUUAUCCAAACUAGCAAGCACAAAGAAACCAGGUAACAACAAGUCUGUGAUUCAAGAGACUUUGAAGGGUCCAAGUGUGAAGGAGGAUGAUGUUGUGAUGGCAACGGGCGAAGCAACUCUAGAUUGGAUGGAUAGAAUUCGAAUGUGUCUGGAAGCGGAUGGAUCAGACUUAGCUCUAUUUUCAAAGGAUCAGAUUCGAGAAGCGAGUCGCUACACAAUGAUGGGUGGACAACUUUACAAAAGGGGUGUUGGAGUUCCACUGUUAAGAUGUGUUAGUAAAGAGGAUGCAGAAAGAAUUAUGUUUGAGAAAUGUGAAAAGUGUCAAGUUUUUGCUGAUCUUCAUAAGGCGCCUCCCGAAGUUUUAAGUUCAAUGAGUUCUUCGUGGCCAUUUGCAAUGUGGGGCGUAGAUAUUUUGGGUCCAUUCACUCCAGCGGGGGCACAGGUCAAGUUUGUUCUAGUGGCAGUGGAUUAUUUCACGAAAUGGAUUGGAGUAGAGUCAAUGGCAAAGAUCACAGCUGAAAGGGUUAAGAAAUUUUAUUGGAGGAAGAUAAUAUGCAGGUUUGGAGUGCCAGCAACCAUUGUUUCUGAUAAUGGAACACAGUUUACAAGCAGGAAGGUCAGAGAUUUUUGUGCAGAGAUGGGGAUUGAAAACAGGUUCGCCUCAGUGGAACACCCACAAUCUAUUGGGCAGGUUGAAGCAACAAACAAGGUGAUUUUGAAUGGUGUGAAGAAGAGAUUGGGCGAAGCAAAGGGAUUAUGGGCUGAUGAAUUGAUCACAGUGGUUUGGGCUUACAACACAACACCCCAAUCCACUACUGGAGAAACACUUUUCAAGCUUGCUUACGGAGUUGACGCGAUGAUUCCAGUGGAAAUACAAGACAUGACUUUUCGAGUGGCAGCAUAUGAAGAGAACCAAAAUCGAGAAAAUGUUCUAGUGGAUUUGAAUUUGGCGGACGAGGUGAAGGCAGAAGUUCGUUUAAGGGAGGCUGCAGUCAAACAAAGGUCAGAAAGGCGUUAUAACACUCGAGUGGUUCAUAGGAGCAUGAAAGUGGGCGAUUUGGUAUUGCGCAGAAAGGCAAAGAGUUCAACUGAUUCAAAGCUGACACCUAACUGGGAAGGUCCAUAUAGAGUUCUGCGUGAUUUGGGAGAAGGGGCUUACCAUUUGGAGGAGUUAUCUGGGCGCAGGGUUCCAAGAGCAUGGAAUGCACAACACUUGCGUUACUACUACAGUUGA